CAAUCCCAUUGCAUCUCAUGGGGAUGGCUUCUCUUAUACAAAUGCAAGGAAGUUAGGAGUUUUAGGUUACCUCUUCUCAUAUUUUCUUCCCCAUGAAACUGUUCCAACUCUAACCUAACUGUGUAACCAAACUCUCCUUUCUUCUGCUCUCAGCUUUAUUGUAUUUAUGGGGCUUUUCAAAAAAGCAGUUUCUUAAAAAAUCGCUUCUCCCAGAAAGUGCUUUCUCUUUUCUUCUUCUUCUCUUUCUUUGUGAUCUUCAUUUUUCCGUAGUUCUGCUAUACGGCCAGUACACAUAUUAAUUAUAAGUGCUUAAUUUUCUUACCGGGGCCAUGGGGGAGGAUAUGUCGCCGGCGAGAGAUACGGUGGCGUUUUUCAACCAUAUGGAGCUUCAUGAUCGCCCGCGCUCGUUCUCUACGCUUGGCCAGCUUUUGAAGCGAGUCGGGGACGUGCGGAGCGAGGCAAACGGAGAUGGCAGCGAGACGCCGGUCCAUCAGGUGCUCGACUUGACCGGCGCAAGCUUGGAGCCGCGGUCACUGCCUUUCGUGCUAUCCUUUAGCAAUCUCACAUACAGCGUUAAGGUUCGCCGUAAAAUUAGUUUCUCAUCGGUUUUUCAUCGCCGAGGAAACAGACUCGGCGGCGCUACGGCGGACGAGACAGUUGUCGGCGACCGCUUAUUCACGAAAACGAAGACUCUGUUGAACAACAUCUCCGGCGAGGCGCGAGAGGGCGAGAUUCUGGCCGUUCUCGGAGCGAGUGGCUCAGGUAAAUCAACGCUGAUUGAUGCACUGGCUAACCGAAUCGCGAAAGGAAGCUUGAAAGGAAGGGUGACAUUGAACGGAGAGGUGUUGGAAUCGAGAUUGUUGAAAGUGAUUUCUGCUUAUGUGAUGCAAGAUGAUCUGCUCUUCCCGAUGCUCACGGUGGAAGAAACUCUGAUGUUCUCCGCCGAGUUCCGAUUGCCUCGAACGCUUUCGAAAUCUAAGAAGAAGAUGCGAGUUCAAGCAUUGAUAGACCAGUUAGGGCUCCGGAACGCGGCGAAGACCGUCAUCGGCGAUGAAGGACACCGAGGAGUCUCCGGCGGAGAGCGGCGGCGAGUCUCGAUCGGAAUCGAUAUAAUUCACGAUCCGAUCAUCCUGUUCCUCGACGAGCCGACAUCGGGACUCGAUUCGACUAGCGCGUUCAUGGUGGUGAAAGUUCUGCAGAGGAUUGCUCAGAGUGGUAGCAUCGUCGUGAUGUCCGUACACCAGCCGAGUUAUCGGAUUCUCGGAUUGCUGGAUCGGCUGUUGUUUCUGUCUCGUGGACAAACCGUUUACAGUGGCUCCCCUGCAAAUCUUCCUCUGUAUUUCGCGGAGUUCGGCCAUCCGAUACCGGAAAAUGAGAACCGGACUGAGUUCGCGCUCGAUCGGAUUCGAGAGCUCGAAGGCUCUCCGGGAGGAACCAAGAGCUUAGUUGAAUUCAACAAAUCAUGGCAGAGCAUGAAGAACAACACUCCAAAACCAGAGUCGGAUCGCCAGAGUAUGUCGUUAAAAGAAGCAAUCAGCGCAAGCAUUUCCAGAGGCAAAUUAGUCUCCGGUGCUACCAACAACGACGCAAGCCCCAACUCCAUGGUUCCGACCUUCGCCAAUCCAUUCUGGAUCGAAAUGGCGGUUCUAUCGAAACGAUCGAUUCUAAAUUCCCGCCGAAUGCCAGAGCUAUUCGGAAUCCGACUCGGCGCCGUUCUGGUCACCGGAUUCAUCCUCGCCACCAUGUUCUGGCAACUGGACAACUCGCCAAAAGGAGUUCAAGAACGAUUGGGAUUCUUCGCUUUCGCCAUGUCCACGACCUUCUAUACAUGCGCCGAUGCUCUUCCGGUGUUUCUCCAAGAACGGUACAUUUUCAUGCGAGAAACAGCCUACAAUGCAUAUCGAAGAUCCUCCUACGUUCUCUCGCACUCUCUGGUGGCCUUGCCGGCGCUGAUUUUCCUAUCGCUGGCCUUCGCAGCGACGACGUUUUGGGCGGUGGGAUUGGACGGCGGGAUUACAGGUUUCUUGUUCUACUUUCUGAUAAUUUUUGCUGCGUUCUGGGCGGGGAGUUCAUUCGUCACUUUCCUUUCGGGAGUAGUGCCUCAUGUGAUGCUUGGCUACACCAUCGUCGUAGCAAUUUUGGCCUAUUUCCUUCUCUUCAGCGGCUUCUUCAUCACUCGCGAUCGAAUUCCAGGCUACUGGAUCUGGUUCCAUUACAUCUCCCUGGUGAAGUAUCCGUACGAAGCCGUUCUACAGAACGAAUUCGACAACCCGACGAAAUGCUUCGUGAGAGGCGUGCAGAUUUUCGACAACACUCCUCUGGGAAUCGUCCCGUCCGCCAUGAAAUUGAAGCUUCUAGAGAAUCUGAGCAGCACUUUGGGGAUGAAGAUAACGAGCUCCACUUGCUUGACGACGGGAUCUGACAUUCUGCAACAGCAAGGAAUAACGGAUUUGAGUAAGUGGCAUUGCUUGCUGGUGACCGUCGCUUGGGGAUUCUUGUUCAGGAUUCUGUUUUACUUUUCGCUCCUGAUUGGAAGCAAGAACAAGAGAAGAUGAACUGAGCAGCAACGAAAGAUCAGAUCAAUGGAGGCCAAAAUCACGAAUGUUAUUUCAUUUGUUUGGUUGGAGCGUUUAUGUAUUUUUUUUUUUAAAUUUCAAAUUAAGCCAUCCCAUUUUAAGGCUCUGAAACUGUUAAUCUCCAUUAUAUUCUUAUUUUUUAAUUAUAAUUUUCACGGUGACGUGAAAAAGUUACAUCUAAAGACUAAAGUUCAAGUGUUUUUAGUUCAAUAAAUAAUACAAGGAGUUCGAAUUAUGUUCAUGUUGCUUAAAA